AUGAGCAAUUUCUGCCAGAAGUAUUGUGCCUGUUUGGAGCCUUACAUCCCCUGCUUAUUCUCAGGGAGUGUUGGUGAGCAAGAUGAUAAAUUUGACCAUGUCUUCUCCAACCCUGCUGUGGUCAAGCCUGGCUUCCAAGAAGAACAGAAAGACAGAGACUGUAAGAAAAGACAGAAACCUUUACCUCCACUGCCUGGUCAGCAUCUGGUGAAUAUUUGCAGAUUUGUAGCACUCUUUGACUAUGAGGCUCGCACUGAAGAGGACUUGAGCUUCCAAGCUGGAGAUAAGCUUGAAGUGCUGGAUGCAUCCCAUGAAGGCUGGUGGUAUGCUAGGCUCGUCCUGCCAGCAGGGUCAGUCUGUCCUGGCCGCAAGCUCCACGGCUACGUCCCUGCCAACUACAUAGCUGCUGACCAGACCAUCGAAGCUGAGCCAUGGUUUUUUGGCCCAAUCAAACGAGCAGAUGCUGAGAGACAACUGUCCUACCCUGGAAACCAGGCAGGAGCCUUCCUAAUCCGAGAAAGCGAAAGUCUAAAAGGCGAAUAUUCACUUUCAGUUUUUGAUGGUGUAUCUGUGAAGCACUACAGGAUCAGGAAGCUGGAUGAAGGAGGCUUUUUCAUAACCAGAAGGAAAACUUUCAAAACUCUGAAUGAGUUUGUUGACUAUUACAGUAAGAACAGUGAUGGCCUCUGCGUGGUGCUCAGAAAGCCAUGCUUAAAGGUACAAAUUCCUACUACUUUUGAUUUGUCAUACAAAACUGUUGAUCAGUGGGAGAUAGACCGUCAAUCUCUGAAAUUGUUGAAAAAAUUAGGAUCUGGUCAGUUUGGUGAGGUAUGGGAAGGACUGUGGAAUAAUACCACCCCCGUGGCAAUCAAAACAUUAAAACCAGGUUCAAUGGAUCCAAAGGACUUUCUGAGGGAAGCACAAAUAAUGAAGAAUUUGAGACAUCCAAAGCUUAUACAGCUUUAUGCUGUCUGUACUUUGGAGGACCCAAUUUAUAUUAUUACUGAGCUGAUGAGAUAUGGGAGUCUUCUAGAAUACCUUCAAAAAGAUGCAGGCUCCCAAAUCUUCUUGCCACAACAAGUAGACAUGGCUGCUCAGGUGGCUUCUGGAAUGGCCUACCUGGAAUCCCAGAACUAUAUCCAUCGGGAUCUGGCAGCCAGGAAUGUUCUUGUUGGUGAACACAGUGUUUAUAAAGUGGCAGACUUUGGACUUGCGAGAGUUUUUAAGGUAGAAAGUGAAAAUAUAUAUGAAUCUAGAGCUGAAACAAAACUCCCACUGAAAUGGACAGCCCCGGAGGCAAUCCACUACAACAAAUUCAGUGUUAAGUCAGAUGUCUGGUCGUUUGGAAUACUUCUGUUUGAAAUAAUCACCUAUGGGAAGAUGCCUUAUGCUGGUAUGCCAGGACAACAGGUGAUCCAGAUGCUGGAUAAGGGGUACAGACUCCCUCAGCCAGAGACCUGCCCAGCGCCAUUCUACGAGCUGAUGCAGCAAUGCUGGAACGCAGAAGCAGGUGGCCGGCCCACCUUCGAGGACCUCUGUGGGCAGCUGGAGUCCUACUUUGAGUCCUCUUCCUAUGCCCAGGCCCAGGCCGUGGUGAAGUGA